AGCCACCUUGGCAUCAACAAGCAAGAUCGGCGCUCACAUGUGCGACAGUUCUUGGUUUAUUCUCUGUGCGCGAGUUGCUAGGUGCUCACUGUUAUAAAAUGGGCAAGACCAAAAAGAACCAGAAGGAUUUUCAAAAGGUGAAACUGAAGGUCGGGCGAAAACUACCGAAAGGCCUAAAUGUGACGGACACCAGUUUCAAGACCAAGAAAAUAGUCCUGCACGACCGCCUGCCAAAGCCGGCCACCGGCGAGCCCACAACAACACGAAAGCUGAGCGUUCAGGACUUGAUUCGGCGGCUGCACCUCUACAAUGUGACCAGCCGCCUGGACGCUUUGACAGGAUUGCGAGAACUCGGGCGCAGUCAUGCUGGUUCAUUCAGCCCGCAUCUCAAGCCCCUGCUUGAGAUUUUGGGCACACUCUGCACCGACAAAGAAGGCACUGUGCGGCAGUCUGCUCUGAAGGUCCUGCGCUUGGUGCUGGGCUCAGUGUCGGGUGAUUGCCUUUCGCCUUUCGGACCACUGCUGUUGUCUCAACUGGGCUGUGCGGUGAACCACCUGUCGCCUGCAGUCCGCCACGAUGCCCUCGACCUACUCGGCUUGUUGCUGGAAUCUGUGCCAUCCCUGGCAGUGCGUGCUCCCUAUGGCACGCUGUGCAACUUUCUCAACAUGAUCUCCACCUCUGCUGAGUCAUCAAAAGUUGGCGCACGCCGCCGGGUCCUCUCUUCUCAGCUGGGUCAGCGGCACACCAAUCGUGCGGUGUGGGUGCGAGUCCUGUCAUCCAUGGAGCGCUUCCUGACGGUUGCCCUGCGUGUCUGGUUUCCCACGACAAUGGAAGACAACGGCCCUGCCACCUCAGAUGUUGCAGCCACGGCCAAGACCGUGCGGGUCGGUGCCGAGCCUUCAGCGGGUAUUGCCCUGUACAGGAAUGGCCUGGAGCCACAACCCCGUGCCUCGACUUUCCGCCUUUACGAUGGCUUGCUCUCGGUGGGAACCAGCAGUGUCAGUGGCCGUAGCGGUGCUUCCAGCACUACUGGUGGUGCCGGCAACAGUAGCAGCAGGGACAACGCCCGUGAAUUUGCUCUUGAGCUUGUCCCCCUGCUCCUGGACAUGUGGGUUGAAGCUGACCCUGACUCUGGGGAGAGCAUGCAGCGCGACUCGCUGAUCCUCAUCGACUGCAUCCUACGUGUCCUGCUGCUGCUGAUUGAAUGGCUUCGCAAGGAGAGCCCUUCCAAUGUGUCAUGGUUUGAAGAAAACUUUGGCACCCAACUGCUCAAUCACUUUGAUGGGCGCUUCCCCUUCUCACACGACUGUGUGGCUGGAAGUGGGUCAUCCUUGGCCAAGAAGAUGAAGAAAGACGCCAUGUUUGAUCGUCAGGUGUCUGUGACGUCCAUCAACCUGGGCAUCUGCGAGGUGCUGGCUGGCCUGCUAGGCGUGCUCAGUGCUGACCAAGGGCAGCGUGUGCUGGCCUUUUUUGGUGAUCUCAUCAAUACUGGCCAAGUGCGAUCGGGAGACACCCGUGUUGUGGUCAAGAUCGCUCGUCUUCUGCUGCCACGUGUAUCCCCUGGUGACUGCCUGCAGUUGGUGGAGGCCAUGCUGUCCUUGUAUGAGGAGGGCGAUAUACUCCAGCCCAAGGACGCCCGUUUUAUCCUCGACUUUUUCCAUGAGCUCAUCCUAGGACCGCGAACACUUUUGGAAGUCGUACGUCCAGCGGUAGACCGGUUCCUGGGCUUGCUGCCCGAGCGCGCCUUGGGUGAGAGUGGUGAGGGCCAGGAGGGAGCCUCUCUGCACUUUUUGGGCAAGCUGGCGCAGCUGCGGCUGCCUGCACUCCUGGCGAGUCUCCAGCAUCACAUAUUGAUGUGUAUAGAACUUCUACCUCAGAUGACACAACUGGAAGACCAACGUACACUUGUGGAGCUCAUCUGUCGUGUACCCUGCUUGGAGAAGGAGCAUUUUGAAGCGCUGUAUGCUGCAACACUUGACCCAUUGCCGACGUCUGUACUGCUGUACUUGCUUCAGCUGCUCAAGGGGAGGUUUGAUGAGGAGAAAGGUGGAGUCACGUACGUCGCUGCAUACAGCAGCUUCCUACUGUCUGUUGCAACAGGCAUGUCACGCAGUAAGGACGAGCAACUGAGAGCAGUCUGGCGAGAUGACUCCUCCUGGUCGGAGCUGAAGGAGCUGUUGCCGGAAGUCAGCCAGAUUCCUGUGGUUCCCAUUGACUGGGACCUUCUUCCCAGCCACCUGAUGGUGAUCGAGAUGGUGGCCAAAUCCUUUGAAGCAUUUCCUGCUUCCUGGAACCUGUCUCGGAUCUUUGAGCCUUUCCUGCACCAAUUCCUUGAGGCAUACCCCCAGAUGUCAUGCUCAGCUGCGCUCUCAAUCGUGCAUCUCUGUGGCCGAAGGCGCUCAGCUGAGCAGCCACCCUGGCUGCUUGCACCACCCUGGGGCCCCCUGACUAUCGGCUGUGCCGCAGGGCUUCUGUGUGUGGCAGCGCAGCUGUCCGGUCCUCUGCCAACCUCAAUGCCUGCCCUGGUCCAAGCCUUGGCAGGCUUGGCCGCACGCUGCACGAGCAUCUUUAACGACCUUGUUGCACAGUUCUGUCAAGUCCUUGACCUGCCAUUAUCGGCACCCUGCCUAGAGCUGGUGUGUGGAGCACUGCGAAUUCUCAGCAAGCAGCGCCUUCUAGGCACCCCAGCGAGGAACCUUGCUCUCCAGAUGCUGGUUGGGAAACAAGGCUCAGAGCUGCGCCGUCACCCGUGGUUCCUGGCCACACUGAGCGAGUUCUGCGAGGGCAUACAACAGCAGCACCAUCCCCACCAGUCAGCGAUGCUGCAGCCAUCAGGCAUCGCCAUCGCCGUGCGUCAGUAAGGAAGGCACCCCAUAGGCAGAUCAAGCAGUCCAUGGAAACCAGAUGUGAAGUGACAGAGUCUUUAUUGCAAACCAUGGGUGUUUUCGAAAACACACAUUCCUCGAGACAUGUUUCAAUAAAUAAGACAUGCACAAUGA